GCUACCUAGUAGUAAGCAAACAGAGUUUUUCAUUUUAUCUGGAACAAAAUUGGCAGGAUCUCUAAGUCGUUUUAAGUUUGGUAAAUUAAAAUAGCAAAAUGGGCAUCAUCGGAACCCUGAGCAUGGCUCACAUGGUGUACAGUGCGCAUUGGCUAAAGAAGCCACAGGAUGCCGCCGGUUCCAGGACUCGCGGUCGCCUUCCGAAAUGGCAUCGCCACCGACAAGUCCAAGCGGUGGCCAGUCCAAAUCGGGAGCCUCUCGAUUCCUGGGCCCCCAAGGUCCCAUCACUCGAUUCCGAUUGCAACUCGGAUAGCGAGUCUGAAUCCAAUCCCGGUCGCAGCGAUUUCGAUGGCAGGACCAAGAAAUCCGAAAGCUACAGUAAUAUCGAAUCCUUGGUAUCCGUAAAACAGUCGACGAAGGAUCUACGCCAGUUAGUCAGCUGUUGGUGGCCAUUGAAUAUCUGCCACGAAAUGCAACAGAAAGUCCAUCAGAUUGUGGAGCACUCGGCGGACAUCACAGUGCUCUGGCCUUCAGGAUCCAAUAGUCAUAGGAUAGGCAGAUUGUAAGGAUUGCCAGGAUAUGCCCAUACUCUCCUGUUCGAUGGAACUCUUUUAGGUUUUAAAAAUGUUGUGACCCAUAGUCUUUCAGCAGUAAUCGUAAAAAUAAUAAAUUUGGAAGAGAAAUUA